AUGAUGCUUGAGCCGCCUGCGCCUCGACCGCCUUUGUACCUGGUCUCGUCCUCAUCACCUGGCGGAGGUUGCUCAUCUUCUGUUGGUUCAAUCGACAGCGAGGAAAUCUACGGCUUUCAAAAUCGGUCCAACAAUGCCAGCGAUGCCUCCUCAAUUUCUCUUUCCGACCCAAGGCGUUACAUGUCUAACAGCUCAAAGCCACGAGCUACAUCAGAAGACCUCCCCCUCUCACAUAGGCUUUUUGUGAACUCCUCGCCUAAGCAGGAUCUACAGUUCUUCCGUCGGAAUCCCUUCGCACGACCUCAACCAGUCGAAUUUAGCGAAUCGCCAAACUCUUCCCUUUUCCAAGAACAACAUACUAUCCCCCACAAAAUCACACGAGGAAACGCUGUUGACUUGCUUUCUUCACCUCUUUCGCAACCUUCACGAGCGGCUGGUCACCGACACUCCCACCGUAUAUAUAAUCUUCAAGCCGACUUUCAUUCACCAAAGUUCCCCCAAGGGCACCUUCUCAAUUCGGAAUUCGUCACUUUAUACCAACUCGAAGAUGAAAUAGGUUCUGGGGGUUACGGAUUUGUGAUGACUGCGUGCCAUCGCGCAGAAGGGCAUGAAGUCGCAGUCAAGUUUAUCAUCAAGGAUAAAGUUCCCGAGCAUGCUUGGAUGUACGAUGAAACCGUUGGAAACUUACCGACAGAGAUUGUACUGCUGAGGUUUGUCAACCACAGGAACAUCGUGAAAUGUUUAGAUGUGUUUGAAGACCCUCUAUAUUUUUAUUUGGUUCAAGAAUUACAUGGUUCACCGUGGCCAAGGUCUGAAGGAACUUCUUCUCAAAGAAUCCUGCCGGACUGCACAACUGCAUCACUCCCAACCCCUUCCCUCUCCCAUUCCGGAUCUGAGAUCUCACUUGACUCCUUUCAACCCAGAACUCCGCCUCAUGUGAACCCGGAAUUACCUGGGCAAAUAGCAGACUCCCAGGACGCUGAUUCUUCAACUUCGCUAAACGAGCAGAAACCUCACAACAUUUUCACAUGUUCCCCCCGAGUGGAUUCGCGACCAGGUUUCUCUCGCAGACCAUCCUACGACCUCUUUGAAUGCAUAGAACAAUCAACUCAAAAGAGGCUAACAGAACCGCAGGCCCGUUAUGUCUUUUCUCAAGUAGUAGAUGCCGUGCAUUAUCUGGAUACUCUGGGAAUAGCUCAUCGCGAUAUCAAAGACGAGAAUCUAAUCAUCAGCGAUGAUUUACAGAUUAAACUGAUUGAUUUUGGAAGCGCGACAGUCGUCAAUCCAAACGAGCCAAGGCCUUUCUACAACCUAUUUUAUGGAACUGCUGCGUACGCGUCAUCUGAGAUCCUUCUCAAAAGAAGCUAUCAAGCAGCCCCAGCCGAAGUUUGGACGCUCGGUGUCUUGUUAUCAUAUCUCCUCAUGGGAAUAUCGCCGUUUCCGUCACCUCGCGACACUGUGGAUGGACGAAUUUUCUUGUCGGAAACGCAAGGACCUCUCCCUUCAGAUGAGGCGAUGGACUUGAUGAGGAAAUGCCUUGAUCCCAAACCUCAGACAAGGGCUUCGAUAGCGGAAGUAAAAGCUCAUCCAUGGUUAAAGCUUCGCUCGUAG